AUGUCCGGCCCUUCUGAGGCUCGCCCCGGAGGUGGAAAUAUGGUGCCUCCAUGCCAGUGUGGCAAUCAACGUGUGGGAUUCAGGGACUGUAACCACAGCAAUGUUAUCUAUCGUUGUGCUGGAAGAGGACCACAAUGUAAUGGGGUUUAUGUUAUCACCAAGAUGGACGAGGAAGAUCUUUUGGGUUUGCUUGGACGGAGCAUUCAGCAGGCAUGCCGUGAUCGAGUAGCGCUGUCAGAAAUUCGUAAUGCUGUUGCAUCAUCCGCCGACGCCCAAGGCUCUGGACAACCUGGAUUUCUACCUCAACAUUCCCCGAUCUCUCCCGUUCAAUUAGGCAAUCAGGGGCUUCCAUUGCAACCCGCUGGUGUGUCUCUGUGCGAUUAUCAUGCCGCCUGCACCGAUCAUGAGCGUCUUGGACUGUUGUUGGAAAUGAAAAGAUCACUGCAAUCGCUGAAUGAAGAUAUUUGGGAAUUGACUCAAUGUCUCCUUCUCAAUCUCGAGCAGGCCCGGUUGAGGCUUCGUGAGAUCGAUGAGGAAAUCGCUGCAAUAAAUGGUCGUCAUUCUUAG